CACCUCCAUCUCUCCUAUAGAAGUGGUAAUGAACACUAAACUAGAGACGUCAGAUCUACGAUGGACCGUUUACCCACACACAGACUCUGAGUGGGAGGAGAUGAGUGGUCUGGAUGAUGAAGGGACCAGCGUGAGAACCUAUCAGCUGUGUCCUGGAGACAGCAGCACCUCUCAUUGGCUUAGGAGCCGGCUGAUCCCCCGAAGGACUGCCUCCGUGCUCUACGUAGAGAUACGGUUUACGAUGAUGGAGUGUUCGUCUCUUCCCUUCAACUCCCACCGGUCCUGUAAAGAGACGUUCAACCUGCACUACUAUCAGACAGACACGGACGAAGCUACCAACACACACCCUGCCUGGAUGGAAAACCCCUAUACUAAGGUGGACACAGUAGCAGCUGACUUCCUGCUUCGUAGGGGCGGAGAGAGGAAGUCCAACGUGAAGACUCUCAGGAUUAGCCGGUUGACUAAAAGGGGCGUGUACCUAGCCUUCCAGGCACAGGGAGUCUGCAUGGCCUUAUUGGCUGUCAGGGUGUAUUUUAAGAAGUGCCCCACCCUGACGCGUUCCUUCUCCCGAUUCCCUGAGACUGUUCCACAUACCUUGGUGGAGGGGGCUCAGGGAGAGUGUGUAGACAACGCCGUGACCCCCCCGGGCGAGCUGGCACGCCCUCCCAGCAUGCUGUGCGGUGAGGACGGACAGUGGGUCGGUCAGCCGGCCACUGCCUGCGCCUGUCGGCCAGGGUAUGAAGCUACAGACACAGACCUCCGAUGCAGAGCUUGUCCAGGUGGUCAGUAUAAAGCAGGGCCAGGAGUCGGUGGGUGUGUCCUGUGUCCGACCAAUAGCAACACUUUGGUAACAGGCUCCGCCUACUGCCUCUGUCGUCCUGGUUACCACAGAGCAGAUUCCGACCCCACACACACACCCUGCACACGUAAGCCCCCCUCAGCACCCCGCUCCAUUGUAACCCAGAUCAACGACACCAUGGUGACGUUAGAGUGGUCGGAACCUUUGGAACGCGGUGGCCGUGGAGACCUGACCUACAGCGUGGGGUGUGUCCGCUGUGGCGCCUCCCCUCAGAGGGCAUGUCUUCCCUGUGAAGAGGGCGUGUCCUAUCGCCCCAGCCAGCACGGCCUAUCACAGCGCAGGGUGGUCAUCCGCGGGCUCCUCCCACACACCACCUACACCUUCACGGUUCAGUCAGAGAACGGCGUCUCACAGCUCAGCCUAUCGGAACCCUCCGUGGAAAGGGUUAAUAUCACAACCAGCCGAGACGUCCCAGCCCCGGUCUCAGGUAUAAGAAGGACCAAGGCAUCAGAGAACAGUCUGACUCUACAGUGGAACAGUCUCCAAAACACACACUACACUGUCCUGGAGUACCAGCUACGAUACUGCCCCAAGGACGGUCCAGAGUCUGGUCAGUGGCAGUAUGUAACCAGCGUGGUCAGUAGUGUUGUGGUCAGUAACCUCCAGAGGUCUACUAGUUACCAGGUGCAGGUCAGAGCCAGGACAAUGGCUGGAUACAGCAACUUCUCCCCAGCCUCGACCUUCACCACCCUGCCUGACAAGGUAGAGGCCCACUCUCAGCUGAUGGUGACAGGCGUUCUGGUUGCCAUGGGGAUACUCCUCCUUAUUACCGCGGUGAUCAUUGCUGGAUACUGCUACUGUAAACACCUGUGUGUGAAGGAUAUAGAGAUGAAUGAUCAGAAUGGACAGUACCUGAUGAGACAGAGUAUGAAGGUGUACAUCGACCCGUUCACCUACGAAGAUCCCAACGAGGCGGUUAGAGACUUCGCUAAAGAGAUAGACGUGUCCUUCGUCAAGAUAGAGGAGGUCAUUGGAGCUGGUGAGUUUGGAGAGGUCUGUCGAGGCAGACUGAAGGUCCCUGGGAAGAAGGAGAACUAUGUGGCCAUCAAGACUCUGAAAGGAGGAUACACUGACAAACAGAGGAGGGACUUCCUGUCUGAGGCCUCCAUCAUGGGUCAGUUCCAGCACCCCAAUAUCAUCCACCUGGAAGGAGUCAUCACGGCUUCCUGUCCUGUCAUGAUACUGACUGAGUUUAUGGAGAAUGGGGCCCUCGACAGCUUCCUUAGGUUAAACGAUGGUCAGUUCACGCCUAUCCAGCUGGUGGGAAUGUUACGUGGGAUAGCAUCAGGUAUGAAGUAUCUAUCGGAGAUGAGCUAUGUCCAUCGAGACCUGGCAGCUCGCAACAUCCUAGUCAACUCUAACCUGGUCUGUAAGGUAUCUGACUUCGGCCUGUCACGAUUCCUCCAGGAGAACUCCUCUGACCCCACAUACACCAGCUCACUGGUAAAUAUACCCUAAAUACACCCUAUCUAC